AUGUCCACGGCCGCGGAUGUGCCCCUACUAGUCGUCUCGGAGCAUUCUUCUGCUGAGCGACGGAUCACGCCUGCUUGGUCCAUCGCCGCUCUCAAGGCCCGCCUCGAGCCCAUCACGGGUGUGCCGGCCACUUGUCAGAGGCUGAGUCUGAAGAUCGGCUCGCAGCCACCGCAGGCCAUCGAUGCUCAGGAUGAGGAAGCGGCCCAGAUAGGCGCAUGGCCACUGCAGCCGUAUGCAGAGCUUCAGGUGGGUGCUGAGAGCCUCCUACGUCUCACCCUCUCUCCUCAAACGCCCCUCCAAUCCCGGAUGAACGCUGCAUUUCCCCUGCUGCGCCUCAGUGUCAUUCACCUCGGUGUUUGGAGCACGCGGCACCACGAAUGCAAACAGGAUCACGGCUCAAACCCGGCGGCUUCCUCCAAGUUUGGCUGCAGAACGAGGGGCUAUACCAGAUCUCGAACGCGUCCGCUGCCAGGGACUCGCCUGGUCAAGCAGUCAUGUGUAUGCUGAUCACGGCGACUGUAGGUCAUCGACACUCGUCCGCCGGGCGCCAGGACCAAUUACACGGAUGUCUCCUCGGUGCAAAAGUACGAAAUGUCAGCGGCAGAGUACGAGGAUCGCUCCGACAGCGUUCUUGCUUGGAAGAAGUCGCAAAAGCUCGGCCGCUUUGAUCCGAAUGCCCCAGACAUUCUCCAGCAAAAGGUCAAUGUCUCCUACCGCGAGGUCGAAGAACGGGGCAUCAAGCAAGGCAUGCGCUGUCGUUUGCUCCCCGAGUCUGAUCAUCGGCGCGGUACGGUACAGUACAUCGGCGACGUGCCAGACAUCCCGGGUGUCGGCGCGUGGGUGGGAGUCGCCCUCGACGAGCCUACUGGGAAGAAUGACGGCAGCGUCAAAGACAGGCGCUACUUCGAGUGCCAACCUAACUUUGGCGUCUUUGUGCGGGCUGAGCGAGUGGAAAUGGGAGACUUCCCCGUGCUCGAUGAGUUUGCAGACGAGGAAGACGAAUUCUGA